CAUUCUGUGUUGUGUGCAAUCAGACCCCCAAUAGAAGCUAUCAGCCCUGUAUACUUGAGUCCUAUCUAUCUUCAAAGAGUCGCUUAUUCACAGUUCCAAGACGUCGUAGGUCACCUUCAUAUGCGUAAGAUGGUUGUUUUGUCCAAUGAUCGACAUGAAGAACAGGAUCUCAUCCUGAUUGAGGAGCGCCGCUGCUCCUCCCUGCCCGGCUCCCCGGCCAAGCGCGUCUCCUCGGCCCGGAAGAAGCAGUUCUACAUCAGCAAGGCCAACCGCAACUCGGAGCUCACGCCCCGCGCCAAGGGCAGGAAGAGCCUGCAGCGCCUGGAGAACUCCCUCCACCUGGCCAACCUGUUGGAGAAGGAGGAGUGCUGUGUGGAGGAGCUGGAGGUGGGCUCCCACCCCGCCCUGCCCUCCAUCUUCACGGAGGCCUGCACCAACGAGUGCUACGCCGAGCACUGGGACGACUUCAUGAACCGCUCGGGGGAGGAGCAGGAGCGACUGCUGGCCCUGCUGGAGCAGGAGGCCCGGAAGAGCAAGAGCCGACUCCUCAAGGAGCAGAUCAACGUGGCGGACGUGUUCCCCGCUCAGGCCUGCUUCCUGCGCAUCGACCGACGCCUGCGCUGCAGUCUGCGACGCAAGCAGAUCCCCAUGGGUACCCUAGAGGUGCUGGAGGAGGCCGUGUUGAACUUCUUCAACGCCCAACCGCACGCCGUCUACACCGCCAAACUGGCCAGCAGCUUUGAGAGGCUGCUGCUCCACGCCCUGUGCCAGUACAUGGACCUGGUGUCUGCAAGUUCGGACUGUAACGGUUCUCGUCAGACGGAGGUGGUCAACAAGCAGGAGGACUUCCAGGCCCCAUGCCCGCUGCUCUCGGUGUACCUGGAGAACAUGAGCUGAGGUGGUGGGUGGGGGGGCCACGCCAUCGACCACGCCCUCCACCCACAUCGCCUCGCCCUCCAGGGGUUCGAGGUCUUUAUGGGGCUGAGAGAGGUGCGUCGGGUCGAAGCAGCUGGUCUCUAUGUCACUUAGCCUCUACACAAUAAACACAAGAAACACAAUAAACGGUAAACAAAUACGAUUUUACAUUUUAAAUGUUCAAAACUAGUUACAUCAGGACUGAUCCGCACAGACGGAAACACAAACUGGCCUAGCGGGUGUUAUGGGAACCACCUUUUAUCAAAAUAUGCAUCGCAUGAAUAGUUCAGGUCUAUUGUUGUAAUGGGAUGACUAGUAUGAAAUGGCUUGUUGUUGAGACACCAUAACGCAUCAAGUUUGUAGACGGUCAAUUACGUUACACAAUGCCUUUCAUAUUAUUCUUACUCUGCUAGGAUUUCCUUUUUUCUGGGGGGGGGUUUCGCGAUUUUGCUGGUUUCUUUUUGUGGAGGAAAGCUAAUCUUCCGCAAAGGCUUUAAUGGAUAUGGCUUUCCCUCUCUCUUUGGAGAGAUGCUGACAAAGUUAGGCAUUUGGAGCGAAUGUUGCGUACUAUUUAUGCUUAUUCAACCGCCAUAAAAACAGCUCCACUCUUACAUAUCGACAUUUUCACCGCUUGAAUUGCAUGUCGUGAAUUAGGGCUGAACGAUUAAUCGAAUUCAAAUCGAAAUCGCGAUGUAAUACAACGCGAUAUGCAAAAUCGCAAAGGCUGCAAAAAAAAGUAUUAUUUGUUACCGUUACUGACUGGAAAUCAGUACGAUUCAUUUAUUUUUAUUUUUAUUUUACAAUUCAAUAGUUAAAUAAAGAAGGGUAUUAUAUAAAUUAAUCUCAACACAUCGGCCUGGCCUAAAUGAAAGAGCAGUUUUUAUGUUGACUGCUUCCAAUGUUGUGUUUGUCAUACUAAAGAAUGAUUUAUUUAUUUUUUUUGGUGAAUAAUACAAAACAUAAGAACCUUCAUAAAUUAUAAAAAUCUUACAUUAAAUCGCAGUCGCAAUAUUGGUCAAAAACAUUGCAAUUAGAUUACUUCCCCAAAUCGUUCAGCCCUAUCGUAAAUACAUCAUAACACAACCAUAUACUAGCACUUGGGCCUUAUGAAUGCAGAUGAUGCAUUUCUAUGUUUUUCUGUUUAUAUAUUUCUACAUUUGUACUGUCUAGCUUUUUGAACAACAUUGCGGUUAUUUCCAAACCAUCGAUUUACGGUACGUCCUGUACGGUCUGUGACGGUGCUAGACACGAGAGCUGGCAGUUCAUCUCCAACCAAAGUGUGUACAUUUCCCCUCCUAGGGGGCUCCAUUCUCUCAGGCUUUCUGUGUUUACACCUUGAAUGUCAUGUAAUAUUUUCACUGUGUGUGCAAUGUGUGUGCAACGUAAGUUAUGAAAUCUUACAAACGGGAACGUUUUGAAUAUCACAAACCCAAACCGACAUUGGGUUGUUGUUUUUUUUGGUUUUGUUUUUCAAACCGUUUUUGUACGUGGAACUUUACGUCGAAAGCUUUAUUUAGCGAGGCUGUAAAUAUUCAACUGAAAGACACGAGUUGUUUACGAUUGUUCCAACUGCCAAAGUCGUUUUUUAAACUUGGUUUGUGUUGAGUCAUGCCAGAGUGUAUGUGUACAUCACUAGACAUUUAUACAUGUAUCACAACAGACGGUUUGAAGGGCUACGCAUUCCCCAGUCUAACCACGGCUUCUGAAUGCAACCACAGCCAACCUACAGUCCCCCUGGUUUUAAUAAACGUUAACGUAACUAUCCGAAUAUGUUCUGUUCUUGUCUC